UGUCUUCCCUUUUCUCAUACCAAACACGCCUUUCCGCAUUCAAACUAUGGCCUCUUCUUCGUCCCUCUCAUUGGACACAGCCAAAGACCUUUCGAACUCAUCUGGUGAGGUUCAUGUCAUCGUCGGUCCCAUGUUCGCUGGCAAGACCACUGCCCUUCUUUGUCGCAUCGAAUCCGAACUCAACGCUGCCAAGAAUGUGGUGUUGUUAAAAUCGAGCAAGGAUACAAGAUAUGCAAUUGACUCGGUUGUGACGCACGAUGGGAUUAAAUUUCCUUGCAGGGCGUUACCGGAUCUGUUGUCGUUCAGGGAAAAACACGGCGAUGAUGCUUAUCAGAAGUUGGAUGUGAUUGGCAUAGACGAGGCUCAAUUUUUUGAGGACCUAUACGAGUUUUGCUGCAAGGCUGCUGAUGAAGAUGGCAAAACCGUAAUUGUUGCAGGCCUGGAUGGUGAUUACUUAAGGAGAAGCUUUGGCUCUGUGCUUCACAUAAUUCCACUUGCUGAUUCUGUGACCAAACUAACAGCACGUUGUGAACUGUGUGGCAAACGUGCUUUUUUCACCUUGAGGAAGACAGAGCAGAGAGAGACUGAACUAAUUGGUGGGGCUGAUUUGUAUAUGCCGGUUUGUCGCCUGCACUACCUGAACAGCCAAGUUGCUGAGAGGAGUGUUCUCGAAUCUCAAAAUUUUAAAACCGAUUGAUUCCCUUCUUGAGGCAGCUGAAGAUGUUUAAGGGUUAUUGGGAAAUUGGCUUGUAUGUAGCCCACCAUGUUUAAUUGUUCGACUGAUACAUGUUUUUAUCUAUUUGUUUUUAUCACCCUUUUGUAUAGGUACUUGAGUUUCUUAAUGCUCAUUUCUUAUGUUACAUGUUUUUCCUUGCCUUGUAGGAAAAUUUGGUGGCUCUAUUAUUGUCUAUUCUUUCUUUGA